AUGUUUGCAUUGUUGGUGUUGCCCGUACUCCAAUGGGGGGCUUCCUUGGUUCUCUUUCGUCGCUGUCAGCGACCAAACUUGGAUCAAUAGCCAUUGAAGGUGCUCUUAAGAAAGCUAAUGUUGAUCCAUCACUAGUAGAAGAAGUAUUCUUUGGGAAUGUCCUCAGUGCAAACCUGGGGCAGGCUCCUGCUAGGCAAGCAGCAUUAGGUGCAGGAAUACCCAAUACAGUAGUUUGUACAACUGUGAACAAAGUCUGUGCAUCUGGGUUGAAAGCAACUAUGCUUGCAGCUCAAAGUAUCCAGUUGGGCAUCAAUGAUGUUGUUGUGGCUGGUGGAAUGGAAAGCAUGUCCAAUGUUCCGAAAUACAUCGCAGAAGCAAGGAAGGGAUCUCGUCUUGGACAUGAUAGUCUUGUUGACGGAAUGCUUAAAGAUGGUUUGACUGACGUAUAUAAGGAUUGUGGUAUGGGAGUUUGUGCAGAAAUAUGUGCUGAAAAUCAUAAAAUCACAAGAGAGGAGCAGGAUGACUAUGCAGUUCAAAGUUUUGAACGUGGCAUUGCUGCUCAGGAAGCCGGUGCUUUUGCAUGGGAGAUUGUGCCGGUUGAUGUGCCUGGAGGAAGAGGAAAACCAUCCAUUAUUGUUGAUAAGGAUGACGGUCUAGGAAAGUUUGAUGGUGCAAAAUUGAGAAAACUCCGACCAAGUUUUAAGGAAAAAGAUGGUACUGUGACUGCUGGUAACGCUUCUAGCAUAAGUGAUGGAGCUGCUGCAUUGGUCUUAGUAAGUGGAGAGAAGGCAAUAAAUCUUGGACUAAAUGUGAUUGCAAAGAUCAGUGGCUAUGCAGACGCUGCUCAGGCACCUGAAUUAUUCACAACUGCACCUGCUCUAGCAAUUCCAAAAGCUAUCAAAAGUGCUACCUUAGAGGCUUCUCAAAUUGACUUCUAUGAAAUUAAUGAAGCUUUUGCUGUGGUAUCUCUUGCAAAUCAAAAGCUGCUUGGUCUUAAUCCAGAAAAAGUUAAUGUACAUGGUGGAGCUGUAUCUUUAGGGCAUCCUCUUGGAUGCAGUGGAGCUCGUAUAUUGGUUACACUUCUCGGGGUAUUGAGACAGAAAAACGGCAAAUAUGGCGCUGCUGGUGUUUGCAAUGGAGGAGGAGGUGCCUCAGCCCUUGUCCUAGAGCUUGUGUAAUCCUUGUUGGCUUUUGGUAAGUCUGAAGAAUUAAGUUUACCAAUGUGUUGUUGGAUAUAUACUAUCCUUGCAUUUGCUCAUUUCAGAGGUGCUCUGAUAGAUUUUCAACUGGUUAGCGAAUGGUAAUUAGAAUCGGAAUAGCAUGUAAGGAAUGUUUAUUAAGAUAACCACAAAAAAUGAUAAUUCCAGAGCUACUUGAUUUAAUAAGGCAGGCUUCUCCAAAAUUUCACUAGUCAAUUAACAACUGAGUUCAUGAUCGUCUUUUUUGUUCUUUAAAUAAAAUUAGAGCAGCUGCCCAAUGUAGUCACUGGUGCUGUUAAACAUUGAAAAACAAUAAUAUCUCCUUUACUCACAACAUAAGCUAAGAAAUGGUUAAAUCGCCAGCGGAUUGCUCAUUGUGCAAAGUCAUUGCAUUGAAUUGCCAUCUCUUGUCCUUGUCCGUCCGCCGCAUCCCUUCCCACCUCCAACCAGAGAGGGCAGCCCGGUGCAGUACGCUCCCGCUAU